AGUUUUUUCGAGUCACUCGUAAUCAAUUGCAACGCGCAAAAGAGCGGAUAAAUUGCUGAACAAUAUUGUUGAAUAAUAUAUAAAAUGAUUGUAAUAAUAAUUUGUUAUUGAACCACCAAAACGCAAUAAACACAGUGUCAUAACUUUKAAUAAUAUUAAAAUUUAUAUUUUAUAAUAUCGUCAAUAAGUUCGUGGCUUGCCUAUUUCUUAUAUUUAGGUAUUGGAUUAUCGCCUAGUUGACGUCGUUGACGAGUACUUAAACGUCUUAUACGAAAACGGCGUAUUAACCGGUGCGCACAAUGCCAGAGCAGGACACAGUGCAUCCCGCGAGGAUUUAUUUGUCCAUAUCGAGAAUAGUAUUAAUUAUAGGCGUGUUGGUUGCAGUGAUGGUCGUAUAUGAGCUGUGAGAACGCCGUCACCGGUACAGCAGUUGUAUAUCGGACUGAAUGCCGAUAAUAAUAAUAUAAUAUAAUAUCGUCGAGUGCGACAACGUGCCGGUACGCGGACGCGAUUAGAUCUGUCGAGCGCGCGCGGUCGCCUUAUCUCGCGGCCACUAUAGUGUCUGUGAGUGUGCGUGUGUGCGCGGUGCGAUAUACCCACACUCGCGCAAAUAAACCCACACACGCGCAGGCAGUGUCUGUUCGGCGGCGCGCGUUCAACGUCWGCGUCGUGUGGUUGCACAGCAGGUUAUAGCUGUAGCGAACGGGUCGUGGUCGCGGUGGUGCCGGACCGUAUCCGAGGAAUACAAGACAACAACGACGACGAAGACAAGUGACAACUAUACGAUACAAUACAGAUAAUAUACAAUAUUUACAUAUAGACGGGUGUAGUGUCGUGAUGGUGCUCUCGAUGGCGGCGGAGACGGAGAGGCCGGCGGACGAAAACACUUCGUCCGCGGUGCUGGCGAAAAUAUUGGCCAUGACGUUCCUGGGCGUGUCGUCGUUCGUGGCCGGCAGUACACCCGUAUGCGUGUUCGAGCGGAUGGGCAUCCGGCGGCGAUCCCGGGGCGCAGCGAACACCGCGCUCAGGCUGAUACUCAACUUUGGCGGCGGCGUGCUGCUGUGCACCACGUUCUUGCACCUGUUGCCCGAGGUCCGGGAGGGCGUCGAGCGGCUGACCGAUGACGGGACGCUCGACUCGAAAUCGCCAGUGGCCGGCCUGCUCGCCGAGCUCGUCAUGUGCGCGGGCUUCUUCUUCAUGUACUCGAUCGAAGAACUGGUUCACGGGUUCGCGGGCAACGACUGUCACGCGCACCACAGCCAYGGCCACAGCGGUCACAGCCACAGCGGCCACAGCCACAGUCACAGCCACAGCGGCCACAGCACCACGAACCGCGGUGGCGGUGGCAGCGUCGACGGUGUCGUGUCGCAACAGCGUCGUUCCGACGCUGUGGUCGCGGCCGAAUACGACAAGGUGGACGCGGCGGGGCGGGUGGCCAACUACAACUCGUGCAUGUCCACGGUCGAGCUGGCGGCAGCCACCAAGAAACCUGUUCCGGCCGUCAAGAAAUCGGUGCCGGUCGAUGCGUCGUCGUCAACGUCGCCCGAGUCGGUCCUCCGCGGAUUCUUAGUCGUCGGAGCGCUCAGCAUACACGAACUGUUCGAGGGCCUAGCCGUCGGUCUGGAGAAAAAUCCAACGCAGGUUUGGUCACUUGCUGUGGCCGUUGCAUGCCAUAAGCUGGUCAUCGCAUUUUACGUCGGAUUACAGAUGCUUUCGGACAGGACGAAGCCAUUGCUAGCRCACUGUUCAAUAUUGCUUUUUGCUGUCACGUCUCCGAUAGGCAUUGGCGUAGGCACUCUGGUCAGCAGUCUUGAAGAAACAAACACUGUGGUCCUGUUAUCAGUCAUACUACAAGGAUUAGCUACCGGCACGUUGAUGUAUGUGGUAUUCUUUGAAGUUCUCAAACCGUCUGUUGGAAGUCUACAAAUUAAGCAAAGAAUAUUACGACUAAUAUUUAUUGCUAUUGGUUUUGUAUCGAUGCUUUCCAUUCAAUUACUCAUAUCAGAAUCAGAAUAAUAUUUUUUCAACUAAUUUAUUAUUUCUGGACGAAUGUAUCUAUUUGUGAUAUAGUUAUAUAUUAUGUCCAUUUGCCUACCUACUUAUACUAUGAUUACCAAUUGGACGUAUUAUACAUUAUGAAGAAUAGUAAAAUGAAGUUUGAAGUUUGAAUAGUUAAGUGAAUACACUUAACUCAGCUAAAAAAGAUGUGGUCGUGAUGAAAUGAUAAGUCUAAUAUUAUUACAUCUUACAAAAUAAAAAUAUUCUUAUCAAACGUAAUCAAUUAACCUUUUUUUAAAAGAUUACUUUACUACAGAAAGGUUGAAACUAGAAAAAAAAUAUUGAUUAAUAAAAUUGUCUAGAUUAAAAAAUUGUGUAUUUGUAUUUUAUAGAUAUUUAAAUAAUAUUGAUGAUAGAAUAAAAAGUAUAUCUUAUCAUUUGCUAUUGUGACGUAUAUAAUUACGAAUUCCGAUAAAACAGUAAAUAUUUAUUGAUUCCACUUCAUCACAUUGGUUUAAGAUAAUAUUCCAUACGAGUUUUCUUAGUGGGGCUCAAUUUUCAUUGCGUAUAAAAUUCAAAUAAAAUAUCAAAAAUACGUUAUUUCGUUGUUAACUAUUUAAUUUGUACGAGAUUUUUUAAUUGUAUUAUAAUAUUUAUUGGUUUAUUUACAUCGGUCAGYGUACCUAAGUAAUAGUUGGUCAUAAGCCCUCUUCAUGGGGAAGUUUGUUUUUUCUCUAAUAAUAACUAAGAAGGUAGUGGUGGAUUGCAAAAGUAAUUCAAUAAAUAAAAAAAAUAUCAAAGUUAAAAGUUAUUAAAAUUAAAGGAACGAACAAAUAGAGAGUAACGAAAUAUAUUAUCGAAAAUAUAUAUAAUAUGAMUUGUGACGUAUUAUUAAUAAUAAAUAAAUUUAUUUUAUUUUGUUUAUUCGUAAUCAAUAUUCAAUAAGAAGUAGUUAUACAGUCUAUACGCUAUAUUGUUAUA